CGCGCAGCGGCAGCACCAGCGCCGAGAGCGGGAAGCCCUAGGGGCGGGGCGGGGGCCUGGCGGUCUGCAGGUGCGGGCGCGAGGAUGCCCGUGGCUGGAGAGCUCCGGUAGGCAGCGCCCCGCGUGCAGGGCGCGGCGGGCCGCGCGGCCGCUCCUCCGCGAGGCUGCGCGGCGGGGGGGCCGGACCCGAGGAGCACCCGGCAUGUCGCAAGGGCUCCCGGCUGCCGGCAGCGUCCUACAGAGGAGCGUUGCGGCUCCUGGGAACCAGCCGCAGCCGCAGAGCCCAGACGACGAUGACAGGAAGGUCCGAAGGAGAGAAAAAAACCGAGUUGCUGCUCAGAGAAGUCGGAAGAAGCAGACCCAGAAAGCUGACAAACUCCAUGAGGAAUAUGAGUGCCUGGAACAGGAAAACACAGUGCUGCGGAGAGAGAUUGGGAAGCUGACGGAGGAGCUGAAGCACCUGAGCGAGGCCCUGAAGGAACACGAGAAGAUGUGCCCGCUGCUGCUGUGCCCCAUGAACUUUGUGCCUGUGCCACGGCCGGACCCCGUGGCCAGCUGCCUGCCCCGGUGAAGCCCAAGGACCAUCCUCCUCUGCCCAGCGAGGAGCUUUGGUCUUUUUCACACCUGGGAGGAGGAUUCCCUCCUCAUCUGUGUGCAAGAGGACCUAUGGCCAGGCCUCCUCCACUGUUUCCUCUUCCCGAAGAGGUCAUCCUCUGAUCCUCGGGUUGUUUUGCGGCUCAUGGGUCUUGCUUCCCCAUCCUGGUCAUCUCCCCGACAACCACAUCAUGCUAGAUGGGGAGGCACCUUGCCAGGUCUCCUCCUCGGAGCUCUGGGCCAAGCUCCGUACAUGCCUGAUUCUCACCACCUUGAGCGGAUCCAGAAGUCACUUCACUUUGGCAGCUAGUAGGUUCCGCUGUUGUGCAGAAUCAUUUUCUCAAGAAUUUGGAUAAUAAAGAUGGCUAUUGUCUCUC